AGCGAACGAUUCUAUCAAAUUUUGAUGCCACUAUCGAGGAACUCAGAAUGGCGUGCUGUAAUUUACAUAUGCGACACCUCCUGUCCCUUAUUACCAAAUUCACUAGCUAUGUAGGUCCACGUGUGGCACCAGGCAGCCACGGUUGUCUGUUCACUUUCUUUCACCCAGCUCUUCAUUUCGUACCAUGGUCAGAGCUGUUUUUACUUCCCCAGAGCAAGGUACUGUCGUGCAGCCUAUAUACCAGUACUCCGACGAGCAACAAACCCAUAUAAAGGCAUUACGUGAGUAUGCAGAUACUCUGCUUCUGGACUCAUCAGACCCGUACCAUAAAUGGGAGCUGCGAUGGUUGAACAAGCCAGAUACCAUGCCUCGGUACAUGCGCGCGGCAAAAUGGAAACUCCCUGACGCGAAGCGUAGAAUAGAGGGAACCAUCAAAUGGAGGAGGGAGUUCCAACCAGAGUUAAUCAGACCUGAUGAUGUGAAGAUAGAAGCCGGGACAGGGAAGAUCAUCUUAAAUGGGUUUGAUAAAGAUGGCAGGCCCAUAAUCUACAUGCGCCCUGGUCGCGAAAAUACCGAAACCAGUCCUAGGCAGUUAAGACACCUCGUUUGGUGGUUAGAACGUGCAAAGGAUUUGAUGCCCCUAGGACAAGAGUCACUGGUUAUCAUCGUAGAUUAUAAAUCCACGACGCUUCGCACCAACCCUUCGAUAUCCGUUGCCAGUAAAGUACUUACGAUCCUUCAGCAACACUAUGUAGAAACUCUCGGUCGCGCAAUCGUCACCAACCUUCCAAUGUUGCUUAAUUUCUUCUACAAAGGCAUUUCGCCAUUCUUGGAUCCUGUCACCCGGGACAAGAUGAGGUUUAAUCCUGAUCUUCUUGAACUGAUUCCAAAGUCUCAGCUGGACUCUGAAUUUGGAGGUGAUUUUGACUUCGAGUUCGAUCACGAGACAUACUGGAAACAAAUCGUCGACUUCUGCGGCAUCGCUGAAGACGGCACCCGCUUAGAAGGCUAUUUUGAUGGACCAAAGAAUAUUUAUGGAGAACUGCCUUCACAACAUUCUGAUACUGCAUCACCCACUUCCACAUCGUCCACCACUGCGUCUGUUACGUCCGCUAGCGAGAUUGUCUCACCCGAAAUGACACCCGCUGCCCCAGAGUUAACCGAGGCAUUGUAGAUCACUCACGGAUAUUUUUUGAUGAUUGUACACUAUAUACACGGAACUGUAAUUCAACAUAGCAGCGUCUGUAUAACAUAGUCUUCGAACCCUUGCUACAGAUAUUCCGAUGCCUUGUAAUAGCAGAUUAUAUUUGUUCCAUUGCUUAGCGCUCAGUCACCAUGUGUCAUGGUUGUUCCAUUGAAAA